AUAAAGUCAUGCAAGAAAUGGUUACUUCCAUAUUUUGAAACCAGAAAGUUUUGUAAUAAAUUCAGUGUCAAUAUUUGUGCUGGGAGUUAUCAUUAGUUUAUGAAUUCAGUGUCUCUAUUGAAAUUUGGUUGAUAAACACUAGAAUCAUAUUUGAUGAGGAAAUGUUAACAGUGUGACCGGUUGUUCUGAUGGCGCCGUACCACAUGAGUCUCGGAGAGCAAGGAGACAUGUCGCAAGACACUUCCACCAACGAACAGUUCUCUGAUGAAGAUGAUGAUUUCAUUGACGAAUUUCCGUCUUUGCCCCUCAUACCAGUACCAGACAUUCUACCAUCUGAGAAUUCUCUAUCACAACUGCUUGCACAAGCAUGUGGUGGAGAAGAUCUUCUUGAAGUAACGUCAGUGAAACUGAAAGUUAUCGCAAGUCAAGUGAACUUGCUGCGGCUGCACAUCUACCUUCCAAACUUGGUGGAGUUGGACCUGACUGGUAGUCACCUGCUUUCACUAAGGCCGCUGGGGUACGGGCUGGAGCACCUCUGUGUGUUGAGUGUGGGCCGCUGCUCACUCACCAGUCUAGAUGGAGUGUUUGGAGUGUCAGGUCUACGAGAGUUGUACGCUCCCAACAACAGCAUCUCAGAGCUGGGACUCCUGGCCACUCUACCUCAGCUGCGAGUGCUGGACAUGCGCAGCAACCCGGUUGCUAGUUUGCAACAAGUGGCAUUCCUCUCCAUGUGUGCGGCUCUGAGAGAGCUGACCCUAGCUGAGUGUCCAGUGGCUGAUCUACCAGGAUACAAGGCUUGUGUGGUCACCACUCUACCUGCCCUGGGUCUGCUGGAUGGCAACCUGUUGGCUGAUGGAGGCUUCGACAUUUGUCAUACAAGUCAAACAGACUCCCCUGACCUCUCUGAUGAUGAUAAUGAUGGAUGCCAAACUUUGAAAGUUGAAGAAUUGAAGAUCAUUGAUGACAAUGUGCCUGAGUUGAAGGAUGUGACCCCAGUAAGGCCAGUGAGGCCCCGCCCAGCCACUGUGAGUGGGGCCCGACCCUCACGUGGGGGCUACCUACUGCCUGACAGACCCGCCACGGCUGCAUCUAAGAAACUCUCCGACAGCCAACUAGUCAUCAACGAAGAUCCUGAAAUAGUUACACAUGAUGCAGUGAGCAAACUGACAUCAGGAGGGAUUGUCUGUGGGAACCUGGCAGCGGCUCUGAGGAGCAAACACCGCCAACGGAAACCGGCUUGGACAAACAAGGAUGCAGAACAAGAGAAGCUGCAUGGCAAGAACGGGUUGACAGUCACCAAGCUGUACUCUGAUGUUGAGCGUAUAGAGGCGGCCAAGCUCGGCGGAGGCGAUGUCCCGUCACUGAGUCAACCUCUCCUAGAUGCUAGCCGGAGAUGGCGCGAGGCAUAUCACAGCUUCCGCACAGAACAUAGGGAAAAGUGGGAGCAAGAAGAAAUAGAAGAGAGUGAAAAAUAAUUCGAUAAUCUACUUUAUUUUACUCACUAAGUCACCUAGUAAAUGGUGCCUAACAACAAUCGCAAGAAGUCACCUCAGCUAUGGUACUGGAAUUGUUAUUCUCUUUUAACAAUUAUUAUUGCUUGGACAUUAACACUGUUCAUUUGUUUUGUCAGAAGUAAAUA